GCCCCGGAUCUGCCGGCUUCAGCCAGGUGUCCUUCAGCACACCUGUCACAGUAGGGAUCUCCAAGGGGUGUCCAAGGAGCCACACUCAGCACAUUCACCCCUGGAUUCCUCUUCAUUCAGGUCCCUGUAUCCAUCCGUCAGGGUGCUGGAGUUCAGCAGGAGAGGAGCUUCCUUAAAAAAGAGGGUGUGUGCCAGGAGGCAGUAAGUUACUGGCUAUAUAUCUGUCCAGCGGUGGGACUCUCCUCAGAGAUGGCCGUGGCCCAGGAGCUCUAUGGCACCCCGGCCUCCAGGCUGGACUCCUUCGUGUCUCAGUGGCUGCAGCCCACCCGGAAAUGGAAGGAAGAGGUGCUGGAAGUUGUGCGGACAGUGGAGCAGUUCCUGAGACAGGAGUUCUUCCACUGGGAGCAAGGGCUGGACCAGGAGGUGCGGGUGCUGAAGGUUGUCAAGGUGGGCUGCUUCGCGAAUGGCACAGUGAUCAGGGGCACCACGGACGUGGAGCUGGUGGUGUUCCUGAGCUGUUUCCACAGCUUCCAGGAAGAAGCCAAGCACCACCAAGCUGUCCUGAGAUUGCUAAGGAAAAAAGCGUACAGUUGCCAGGACCUGCUGGCCCUCGGGCUAAAUGACCUGAGUGUGGCCCAAGGAGUCCCUGACACGCUCGUCUUCACCAUCCAGGCCAGAGAGACUGAAGAGCCUAUCGGUAUCACCAUUGUGCCUGCCUACAGGGUCCUGGGGCCUUCUGUUCCCAACUCUCAGGUACCCCCAGAGGUCUACGUGAGUCUGAUCAAGGCCUGUGGGUACCCUGGAAAUUUCUCCCCAUCCUUCAGCGAGCUGCAGAGAAACUUUGUAAAACAUCAGCCUACUAAGCUGAAGAGCCUCCUACGGCUGGUAAAACACUGGUACCAGCAGUAUGUGAGAGCCAAGUGCCCCAGGGCCAACCUGCCUCCUCCCUAUGCCCUGGACCUGCUGACCAUCUAUGCCUGGGAGAUGGGUACCCAGAAAGAAGAGAGCUUCAGUUUGGCUGAAGGCCUCACCACUGUGAUGGAACUGCUCCAGGAUGCCGAGCUCGUCUGCAUCUACUGGACCAAGUACUACACGCUCCAGAACCCAGUCAUCGAAGGCUGUGUCAGAAAGCAGCUCAAAAAAGAGAGGCCCAUCAUCCUGGACCCAGCAGACCCCACCCACAAUGUGGCAGAAGGGUACCGAUGGGACAUAAUGGCUCAGAGGGCCUCCCAGUGCCUGAAACAGGAGUGUUGCUAUAACAGCAGUAACACCCCAGUCCCCAGCUGGGACGUGAAGAGAGCCAGAGAUAUCCAGCUGACAGUGGAGCAGUGGGGUCACUACGAUUUGAUCAUCCGGAUGAACCCUUAUGAGUCCGUAAUGAAGGUGAAAGAGAAAAUCCGACAGAUCCGGGACUACGCAGGCCUGCAGCGCCUGUCCUUCCAGGAGCCUGGCGGUGAGCGGCAGCUCCUCAGCAGUCACUCCUCACUGGCCUAUUAUGGGAUCUUCUCCGACACCCACAUCUGCCUGCUGGUCACUGUAUCCCCCGAGAUCCAGGUCUUCGUGAAGAACCCGGAUGGCAGGAGCCACGCCUAUGCCAUCCACCCCUACCACCUCAUCCUGGGCCUGAAGCAGAGGAUCGAAGACAGGCAGGGGCUUCCCAGCAAGCAGCAGCAGCUGGAGUUCCAGGGCCAGGUCCUGCAGGACUGGUUCGAUUUUGCAAGUUAUGGCAUCCAAGACAGCGACACCAUCAUCCUCACCAAGAAGGCAGCAGAAGAGGCUCUCUUUCCACCCAGAUAGUUUCCUCAGCUUUCUGCGCAUCUCUGGCACCAUAUCCAGAACUCAGGACUGAGAGUAGAGCAUCUGCUUACUAUGUAUGAAGUCCUAGGUUCAAUCCCUAGCCCUACAAAAGAGAGAGGAGAGGAAAGAGAGAGGAGAGGGGAGCAGAGGGGAGGGGAGAGGGGGAGGGCAAGAAAGGAAGAAAAAAGAAUACCAGAACUGAGCCUCAACACCAGUUCUCUCCAAGGGGGAGGCCCCACAUCUUCACCAGCUUUAUAAGCAGCUCUCCCAGCCCUGCCAGUACAGACUAAAUAUACAAAUGGACAAUGGCCAAGACCUAUGUGACAACAGAAUUCUCCCACACAACGCCUCCAGGAACUAACCAACCUGAACCCAAGCCAGAAGUGAGUCAGUAACCACCAGCUUCUCUGAUUUCCCACCCCACUCGAUCCCACUUCUAGUUUAGGACCAGCCAGAGGAAGGCAAAUGAGCCCCCUACACCGACUACAUAAGUAGCUCUGCUUUGGUUGGUUCACCUCCAGCCUCCUCACACCAAGAACCUGGAUGAGGACAUGCCCAAAGUCUACCCCUUUUUCGUCUUUGUUAUGAAGCUUUGUUAGUCCCCUGCCUGUCUGUGGGAGACCCUGACUGACCUCCAGUGUAUAUUAGUAGCCGUCUUAAGCAUUAAGUUUCUGUUGUCUGAGAUAAGUUUCUGUUAUCCUGCCUACUUCCCUGAAGAGACGCACCUUUCCCUUUAAGUCAGGACUGCCCACCGUUACCUAGCUACUCCCGCCUUAGAACUUCCGUGUUUCCCUGCGCCCUAUAUAUACACCGUGCUUCCUGCCAAUAAACGAGACUUGAUUAGAA